UAAAACAACAGGAGCCAUCCAUCAUCUUUCAUCAUCUCUCUCCAAACUGAACUUUGGAACUGGAAGCACUUCCGUCGCCGAUAAAGUAAACUCUAAAAGCCUUGUCGUUGUUAUGGGUUUCCUUGUGGCCGCUAUGAAUUUUUCCCCUACCUUGAUGCAUCAACAAGUCAAAUCGAAGCAGCAUCAAUGUCAAAAUGAAAAGCUUCAGGGGAGAUGUCAUAGCCAAUCAUCAUCUUUGUUUGAUCGUCGUGGUUUCUUGAACUGUGUUGGUGUUUCUUCGCUCGUAGCCACACUUGAGUUUUCUAGAUUACAAGCUCAGGCCGCCGCGGAGGAUAAAGUAGAAGAAGGAGAAGGAGUUGUUGUUAGUGCUUUCAAGACUUUGUUUGAUCCUAACGAAAAAACAAAGUCUGGCAAAGAGUUACCAAAAGCUUACUUGAAAUCUGCAAGAGAGGUUGUGAAGACGAUGAGAGAGUCAUUGAAAGAGAACCCUAAAGACAAUGCUAAGUUCAGAAGAAGCGCUGAUGCAGCUAAAGAAUCCAUUCGCGAUUAUUUGAGCAAUUGGAGAGGACAAAACUCUGUUUCUGGAGAAGAAUCAUAUGCGGAGCUGGAGAAUGUAAUCCGAGCUUUGGCUAAGUUUUACUCAAAGGCAGGUCCUUCUGCACCACUUCCUGAUGAGGUUAAGACUGAGAUUUUGGAAGAUCUUAAUAAGGCUGAAGAGUUUUUGUAACAGUCGCAUCCUUUUUGAUAGUUUUGCUGUAAUGUUUCAUUGUUUGUUAUUAAAUUGAAAGCAAAAGAAGAAGAUCUAUGAGAUAUAAAGAGCUCUGAUAUCUUUAAACUAAAAUGACCCAAAUUUUUACAUAAUUGGAACGUUAUAGAAUACAAU